GAACUUGGCCUGGUUUGCCUCAUCUUGGUUUAUAUGUGGAAAUGAAAGGGGUGUGGCAGCUUCAUCUCCAGAAUCCCCAGCUAGAGCUAUUCUAAGACGCACUGUCAAUGGGGAAAAGAUUGACCCUUUAUCAUCAGAUCUUUGUUUUAAUUUUUCCUUGUGGAAAACAUGCUUUUAUCCCUGCCUCCAGGGGAGAUUGGUUGCUUAUCUCCAUUUCUGUCUUUCCUAAUGGAAUUUUACCCCUUGCCCUACAGGUGAAUUGUUGCUAUAUGUCUCUAUUUGCUGUACAUGUACGAUCUGUCCCUUUUCCCAAGGUAGCUUCUUUCUUGCCUUCUACUCUAGGUAAUACCUGAUAAUUACUCCACACAGCUCCACCUUACUAGUGAGUUAUUUAUUCUUUAUCAAAGAUGCAGUUCUUUGUGUAGAGUGAUUUAGAAAGAAUGUUGUUAUUCAAAUUGCAAAUUUAUGGAAGAUCAGUGAGAUAGAUUUAGGGAUGAAAUAGAAUAUUAAUUCCUCACUAGGGAAACCUUUGUAUGAACUUCCUCUGUCAGCUGUUUCCUGCAGGGACAAAAUGUAAUAAAUGCCCAUAGGUUUACCCUGUUCGUGGAUGUCUCUUGUCUACAUCCUGUUUUGCUCAUCUGUGCUUAGUGGUUCUGAAACUGUGGCUUCAACUUCAGUGGUCCUGUGAGGACAUAUUUGGUCUCUUGAUGCUAUCACUUUUCCUUUCCACCACCUGGUAAGCCUAGCAAUGGUUUCUUUCCUGAUGCUACUUAACGAGCAAUGCCUGCAGUUACCACAAAGACUUUCUUCUAUCUCUUGUAGCUGCCCACAAGUCAAUCUUUCUGUUCAAAUGUGGUUUACAGUGUUAGACCAGGAAUUGUUAGGCCAAAGAAGCUUCUGUCUAAAGGCAGAAGUGCCUCCAUCGAGUUUCUAGAUUUGAAAUCCUUGUGUGGAUGCUGAAAUAGCUUUGCAAGCAUUAAAAUUCUACUGUGGAUACCUGGGCUUGGAGAUUAGUUCUUGCCUUCCUUCCUUUUAUUUGUGGCUGGCAGUAAUUUCCACUACAGACUGUUCUGCCUUGCCUGUAAUUAUUUACAAUAUUAUUUUAAGGACAUUACCUUUUUCCAUAUGUUAAUGGAAAGGUUUGUUCUUAAAACCAAAAAGAUGUUUAUUAAUAGGUAAUAACUGCUUAGAUAUUAUCAAACCCUGAUACUGGUUCAGAUACUUCAAAUAGAUCCCCAGACAUACAAUUGCUUUAAAUUCAUUUUUAUAUAUGUCUUUGAUCAGAAAUUUGAAACUUGAUGAUACAGAUUUCCUACUAUAUUCACUUUAUCUUGAAUAAUUUUGAUCUAUUAUAUUCCUUCAUAAGUGUGCUUCUAACUUAUUGGCUGAAACUGGGGCUUUUGGUCCCCUUCAUACUCUCUGGAGCAGCAGAAGUAAAUUACUCUAUCCUGUAGUACUGGGGAGUGACAGAAUAAAGUUUUGGAGUUCAGAACAAAGCUUUGCAAUUAAGACCCAGUACGAGGCUUAGAAGAUCCUGGUUCUUGCCCAGUCCUCUGUCUGCUCUCCUAAUGUUUAGGUAAGUCAUAGAAUCCCAUUCUAUAAAAGGGGAAUGCUGCUCAGUUGACUCUGCAGAGAGAUGGGAGACUGAUUGGAAAGCAUUAAUGUUACAGAUUUGCAGGAGAGGUAAGUGUUGUGCUGAGGCUGGUAAUAAGCACAGGAAAGACCAGUAGCAAGUUCCCAGAAUGGCAGGGAGGCUCAGAAAACAGAUUUCACACUGAAUUGAAGGUGACAGGAAAGAAUUCCAUCUGCGAGUCUGUUCUCAGAUCAGAGGGGAUGGCAUGUUAGUCCUGCUUCACCCAUUCAUCAGAGAGAAUGGGACAAAGCCAGGUGCUCCUCUUCAGCUUCCAUGGCUGCCUUUGUGGAAAGAUACCUGAUCAGAAGUUAAUGAUCAAAAAGCUUAUCAGGGGCUUUUCAUCUAUAAAUUUAUAAGACAAAAGAGAAAUAAUAAAGCCAUUGGAUAAUUAGUAACUAGCCAGGGCCCGCCCGGUGCCACUGGUCUCAAACUACCCCAAGACCUGUACGCAGACUCAGGGAGACGAGAAGGAGACAAGGAUGAGGGGAAAGAAACAAGUGUGGAAGGGAGAGGGAAAAUUAGCCAGGAAGACAUCAAAAUGGGAGGGUUAGUAGCGGAGAGAAAAGGGAAUAGCUAAAAAGAACAAGGGAGAAGAAAAGUAAGGGGAACAGAGGAGACUAAAAGAUGUAACAGCUGGAAGGGGGGAAGACGAGAGGAGAAAGAGUUACUGGUCCAAAAAGAAGACUGAAUUGCUGGGAAUGCUCUCCCCACCCAGGACCUCAUUGAAUGCUACAGCCGGCUGCCAUGUGGAGAACUGUGAGCUGAAAAUGGAAACCUUUCAAAUACUGAGGAGGAGGGCAUAUUCCCUUGUGGACUCCAGUCAAGUGUCUACUUUCCUGAUUUCUAUUCUCCUCAUAGUCUAUGGCAGUUUCAGGUCUCUUAACAUGGACUUUGAGAAUCAAGACAAAGAGAAAGACAAUAGCAGCGCAGCUGGGUCUUUUAAUGGCAACAGCACCAAUAACAGUAAGGGUAUUCAAACCAUUGAUUCUACCCAGGCAUUGUUCCUGCCGAUCGGAGCAUCUGUGUCUCUCCUAGUUAUGUUCUUCUUCUUCGACUCAGUUCAAGUUGUCUUUACAAUAUGCACAGCAGUCCUUGCAACAAUAGCUUUUGCUUUCCUUCUGCUCCCGAUGUGCCAGUACUUAACACGGCCUUGUUCGCCUCAAAACAAGAUUUCCUUUGGCUGCUGCGGGCGUUUCACUGCUGCUGAGUUGCUCUCAUUUUCUUUGUCUGUGAUGCUUGUACUUAUCUGGGUCCUCACUGGCCACUGGCUCCUUAUGGACGCUCUGGCUAUGGGCCUGUGUGUUGCAAUGAUAGCCUUUGUCCGGCUGCCCAGCCUGAAGGUUUCCUGCUUGCUACUCUCCGGGUUACUAAUUUAUGAUGUCUUUUGGGUCUUUUUUUCUGCCUACAUCUUUAACAGCAAUGUUAUGGUGAAAGUGGCCACGCAACCAGCUGAUAAUCCCCUUGACGUUUUAUCCCGGAAACUUCACCUGGGACCAAAUGUGGGUAGAGAUGUUCCCCGCCUGUCGCUGCCUGGUAAACUUGUGUUUCCAAGUUCCACAGGCAGCCACUUCUCCAUGCUGGGGAUCGGAGAUAUUGUGAUGCCAGGUCUUCUGCUCUGCUUUGUCCUACGUUACGAUAACUACAAAAAACAAGCCAACAGUGACUCCUGUGGUGCCCCAGGACCAGGGAACAUCUCUGGACGUAUGCAGAAGGUCUCUUACUUUCACUGCACACUUAUUGGAUAUUUUGUAGGUCUAUUAACUGCAACAGUAGCUUCUCGUAUUCACCGGGCAGCCCAGCCUGCCCUCCUGUAUUUGGUACCUUUUACUUUAUUGCCGCUCCUCACCAUGGCCUAUUUAAAGGGCGAUCUACGUCGCAUGUGGUCUGAGCCUUUCCACUCCAAGUCCAGCAGCUCCCGUUUCCUGGAAGUAUGAUGGAACAGAUAGAAAGUGACCUGAACUUCUGCCUUGGUCCUUUUCACUUUGACUUGUGGCUUUGUCAUCGCCGAAAGCUGGACAGGCUGGUACUUGGGAAGGUACCAAUUACAGGACUUGUAUGAAAGGACUUUGCAUUGAAAGGAGGAAAAAGAAAAAAAGCUAAGGUUCUGGAGCUCCAUGCGACUCCGUAUCUCCCUGCAGAUGUGGAACUGGGGACCCUUUGUGCAACUGCAGCCACUUUCCUCUUUUCCUCGCUCUAACGGAUUAGUACCAGACUAUUACCUAUGUGAGAGAGGAAGAGACAGACUAGAAACUGAAAACGGCUUGAAGUCGUUCAAAAACUUGUGAACACUAAAAGAAAAACGGUUAGGCAAACUGAAGCUUCUUCAGCAAACGCUCAUAUACAUUGGGACCAGUUUCCUGUUGGACUUCGGUUUUGAAAAGAACUGAGACAGAAGGUCUUCUGUCACAAUAUUGUUUUUUUUGUUGUUUUUUUUUUUUUUGAUUUAUUAAAUAUUUCCUGUGGUGUGAGGUUACUUAUUAAAUCCACAGACAUUGAGUGACUUCUUGCAGUAAACAUAUAAAAAUUUGUUGUAACAAGUUACGUUUCCACCCAGAUGUCAUGUUGCAGUGAAAAAGGGCACGAUUUUUAUACAUAUAUAUAUACACACAUAUAGAUAUAUAUAUGAAUAAAUAAAAAGGAAAACCUGCUAAGAUCAUGCUAUGUAGCAGACAGGGGCUUGCUGUAAUUUUUAGCAUGUAGAGCAGUUUACUCUGGCUUUCUUGUAUAUGAAUCUACAAUGAGCUGCUGUUUUUUCUCCCCCCUCCUGAAACUGAACCUGCAGUUUAAAAACAAGUGUAGUAUUUGUAUUGGUUGUACUCACGGACUUUAGGGGAUAUUUGAUUUUGAUCAAUGUAGCAAACUAGGGAAGAAAAAAGUUGAAACCCACCCCUGUUGGUUUGAGGGGGGAGGGGAUGGGAAGGGUGUCUUUUUUUUCUUUUUUUUUUCUGUUUUUUUUUACAAACAGCUCCCUUGCAGGUUUUUAGUAGAUCCUUCUUGACCCAGUGCAUGUAUUAUAGCAGCAAUUGUCUUUGUGCUUUCUGAUCAUAGUAAUGUAUCACUUGUAAAUACAUUUUUUCUAUUUUCUAUUUUUUUGUAUUUUUUUGCAUUUUGUUUCAUUAGUGUGCUGUAUUUUUUCCAUGCCCCUGCCCCUUAAAGAAAAAAAAAAAAAAAAGAAAAAGAAAACUGUCCUUUACUGUUGUGAUUGGUCAGAGUUUGUGUGUUGACUGCUUUGUACUUGACAGCCUGUUAAAAUGUGUUGUGCUGUUUUCUUAAGCCAGCAGUUCCAGUUAGGUUAAUUUAUUAACUGAAAGGCCACCCUGAGAUAACCAGAACUUUCGUCCAUUAAAAUAUUUUACCAAA